GGCUUUGGUGUUGUUGGGGGGUCGGGGCGCGUUGCGGUUUAGUUUAUUAGAUUCAGCAAAAGCAGGAAGAAGAUUCUCUUUGAAAUCAUGUCUGGAUUCAGCCUUGGCUCCAAGUGCUUGCGCUGUGAAACAGAAAUUUGAGCUUUGGAGCUGCACCGAGCUCUUCUUUAGGGCCGUGUUGCUGGUAAGCUCGUCUCUGUCCCCAGCAGAAGUUGAUCCAAUAAAAGAUCUCACAUAAUCCACCUGUAAUAGACCGGGGCCAACAUGGCUGCCACAGCACAGCAAAUCACUUCUGAUGAACUGGAUGUUUUGGAAGGUCACGAUCUUUAGUGGGAAACGGGAACUUCCUUUUUGAACUCAUGACUGAUUCAGAGUCAAUUGUUCAUGUGUCCUGGUUACCUGAAUCCAGUCGUGAUUUCAAAGAGAAUCUUCUUCCUGCUUUUAGUGAAUCUAAUAAACUCAAUAGCAACACAACAUCCCCCAACACCACCAAAGCCCCUUUUGUUAAAACAUAAAGUUCCGGUUUCCCACACACUCGCGGUGCAGCAGUUUCUUUAAGAGAAGACUCGACCCUCCCCACGUGACAGGGUUUGCAAUGAGGCAAUUGACAAUGUUACUUUCACUUCCCCCGGGCGAACGCUGCGAUCCGAGCGCAGGUUUGUCAAUUGGGAACAAACCCACGUUUCUUUUAACACCGAUUUACGGAAAAGCCACGAGACAAAACUGCGGCUCUUUGAUCCCCAGAAUUAGCUGAGCAACAUGCGUGAGAAACGGGACCAGUCAGUGACCAUGUCACUGUCCCAGCCAAAGGGGUGAAGUCUGGCCACACCCGGGAGAUUUUAAACUUCCCAGAAGACCCAACCAGAUCAAGUUACAGUGAAGAUGAAGCUUCUUUCAUUCUGUCCUAGCUCUGCAGUGAGCACCUCUAUGCCUACUUUGAUCAUUUUCUUCAUUAUUUAUCACAUUCACAAGCUGGAAUCAGCCCAGUUCAAUGUGACCAGUCCUGCUCACCCUGUCACUGCUGUUGUGGGUGAGGCCAUUGUGUUACCCUGUCACCUAUCCCCCAGGAUGAGCGCUGAGAACAUGGAGGUGAGAUGGUUCCGAUCUGAUUUCCUUUCAUUUGUGCACCUGUAUCAGCAUGGGAAGGAUGAAUACGGGAACCAGAUGCCAGACUAUCGUGGAAGGACAGAGCUUCUGAAAGCUGGCAUCACGGAUGGGAAUGUUUCCUUGCAGAUUCUUAAUAUCAGACCCUCAGAUGAAGGACAAUACCACUGUUUUGUUCAAGACGGUUCUUUUUAUGAGGAAGCCCCAUUGGAACUGAAGUUAGCAGCUUUGGGGUCCAAUCCUCUCAUCUCUGUGGAGAGUCACCAGGAUGGAGGGAUCCGGGUGGUUUGUCAAUCAGCUGGGUGGUACCCACAGCCCAAGGUGCUAUGGAGAGAUCCCAGUGGGCAAGAAUUACCAUCACUGUCUGAAGCAAAAUCCCUAGGGGAUAGUGGCCUGUUUGAAACAGAAAAUUCUAUUAUUAUAAAAGAACGUUCAAACCAGAACCUGUCCUGUUGGAUCAGGAACACCGUUCUCAAUCAAGAAAAGGAAUCAACCAUUUAUAUAGCAGAUUUCUUUUUCCCAAGGGUGAAUCCAUGGAUGGUGGCUCUGAGUGUGAUUCUCCUGGUUUUGUUUGGUUUCAUUGGCCUCACUCUUUAUCUAUUUAACAUGAAAGGGAAACAUCUUGGAGAAAUCAGGAAACGUGAUACAGAAAUUGAUGAUCUUCAAAGAGAACUUGACUGGAGAAGAAACGUCGUCUGCCCAGGGCUGGGAAGUUCUGUGCCACCUGUACAAGAAGCGAAUGUGACUCUGGAUCCAGACACGGCUCAUCCCGACCUUGUCCUGUCUGAGGAUCGGAAAAGUGUGAGAUGGGAAGACACACGGCAGCGACUGCCCAACAACCCUGAGAGAUUUGACACUGAGCCCUGUGUGCUGGGCUGUGAGGGAUUCACCUCGGGGAGACAUUGCUGGGAGAUGGAGGUGGAAAUGGGGGAUGGGGGAGGCUGGGCUAUGGGGGUGGCCAGAGAGUCUGUGUGGAGGAAUGGAUGGAUCAGCCUCAGCCCUAAGGGGGGGAUCUGGGCUGUGGGGCGGUGGGAGGGUCAGUUCCGGGCUCUCACCUCCCCUGUGACCCCCCUGCCCCUGAGCCGGGCCCCCAGCAGGAUCCGGGUUUGUCUGGACUGUGACCGGGGACAGGUGACAUUUAUCGAUGCUGGUGACGAGGCCCCGAUCUUCACUUUCCCGCCGGGCUCCAUCCCAGGGGAGAGAAUCCGACCCUGGCUCCAGGUGUGGCCAGGAUCUUGGCUCAGACUGUGUCCCUGAGACACGCAGCAGAGGCAGGAAUAGAAAAUCAGCCUCUCUAGCCUCAUGGACUCAAGUCUCUAUGAUCAUGGAGGACUCCCAUCUACCCAGCCUCUGGCACCUCAUCUCUAUGGCUGUUGGAAGCACCUCCCGCUCCCUCUGUGCAGAUUCAGGGAUGGGGGGAGGAGGGGGAAGAACCCCUGGGGCUACAGGAGGGGCCCUGAGUGGAAGAGGUGGGGGCUGGGCAGGGGGUGGCACUAA